AUGGCAGAAUCAUCAUGGAGAAUGAAAAGUAAAGAAUCAAAGUCGACAAAGAAGACAAAGUUGAGAUACGUACGUGAUGAAGAAGAGUCCGAUGAUGAUCGUCUUGAGUUAGGAUUGUUGGAUGUUGAACCAUAUAACUUCAAUCCUACAUCUAACUUGUGUAACGACCCUUUUCUUAACAUUUUAUGUGAUGAUAAAAUGUUAAAGAAUAAUCAGUUUGAAGGGGACGAUGGAGCUGAUGUUGAAGACAUUCACCAGGAAGAGCAUGAGCAUGAACACCUUGAAGAUGAAAAUGGCUUGGAAGUGGGUGUCGAGUUUAGGGUGCACGAUCCUAUCGUCAAGUGGAACCAAAUGAAGCCUACAGUUGGUAAGUUAUACGAGUCUCCUACUCAGUUAAGGUUUGCACUCACUAACUAUGUUGUAGCUAAUGGAUACCAACUUUGGUUCAUGAAAAGUGAUAAAAGUAGGGAUGAUUCAUGUCUACUUAUGGUUGACGUUGCUGCAAAUGUAGUCGCUAAAGAAACCAUAAUGAAGUAUAGUGUCUCGGGUGAAAAAAUUCAAGUUAUGACUGAAACAAGUUUACAAGGAGAAGCUUUACUACUCACUCCACUUGAAGAGAAGUUCAUUGUGAAGGUCAAAGAUACACUUGGGCAAAUACUAAGUUGGCCGAGAGACCUAGUUAUUCGAUACUCUGAGUUGGUUUCAAAUGUUGAUUCUAUAAAAGUGCAGUGUGAGAACGAUCUUUUUGGAAGACAUCGGGUGUUGGUUGUACUAGACAUGAAAAUGGCUACUUGCUAUUAUCUUGAUUCCAUGAGUUCUAGCAAUGUCAAUUUACAGUUGAAGCAAAUUAUUGAUUCACAAUGUGCACUUCAACCCGAAGGUACUGAAUGUGGCUACUACAUGUUAAAGUUCAUUAAGGAGAUAGUUCAGGAAGGAAUUGAAGUAUUAGUCAAUGAUAAUGUCGGGGGUGGCAAAGUUCAGUAUAUUGAUGAUGAUAUUGAUGUAAUCCGUAAAGAAUGGUUGUCUUUUGUUACAGGCUUCAUUUAUCAGUGA